AUGCUUACGAACGGAAUAUUUUUAUUGCUCUUGCUGAGCUGCUCCGUGCAUUCGCUUCCAGUUAAACAGAAAACCGACACCGCCGGUAAUCCAACCGGCACGGAACCCGUGGAAAUAGGCGGUCCAUCAGAAGAAUCCGGCUCAUUAACCGACCAAUCCGGUGAUAACCAGCAAAAUCUCAAUACCGGCCGCCAAGGAGGCAGCAACAGCAACUGGAACGGUGGAGUGCCCAACGAACAACAGUGGGACGACUUCCAGAAUAGCUUCGGCAACUGGAACACCGGGACCGGUAACGGUCAAUGGCAGCAACAAGGCCAGAACGGGGGGUUCCCCACCAAUCAGAACGCACAAAACGGUAACAAUGCCGGCUUUAAUCAAUCCCCAUCCAACACCGGUCAAGGCAAUCAAGGAUUCAACGGCAACAAUAAUCCACAGAAUGGCAAUAAUCCGCAGAAUGGCAAUCAGGGUGGGUGGAAUAAUCAGAAUCCCACGGGAAACGGUCAGCCGCAGAAUGGUAACCAGAAUCCACAGGAUAUGAAUCAGGGUGCGUCUGGUGGUCAAACUCCCACGGGAAGCGGUCAGAACCCAAACGGGCAAGUUGGAUCUGUUAAUAACGAUGCUACACAGAAUACAGGAGGCGCCACUAGUGCUUCUACUUCUAAGCGGCCACGCCGACGGACCACAACGGAAAUGCUGGAAAUCGAUACGACGGAAUCCACGACGACGACUACGACCAAGCGGAAACAUAAGCCGUUGUUGGGCGUGAAUCUACUGAGUGGGACGAAACUGUUGGGGCUGAAUCUUGGCGGACUGGCCGACAUUAAUUUAGGCUAA